AUGGCUGCCAUCGCACCCCCCGCUGGACAGGAACCCGCGCCCGCGCAGCUCGCAGACUCGAUCGUCCAGAGCUUCGACUCGAUCCUCAUCCUCGACUUUGGCUCGCAGUACUCGCACUUGAUCGUCAGGCGAUGCCGCGAAUUCAACGUCUACUGCGAGAUGCUCCCCUGCACUCAGAAGCUCGCCGACCUCAAGUGGAAGCCCAAGGGCAUCAUCCUCUCGGGCUCGCCGUUCUCGGUCUACGAGAAGGACGCUCCUCGCGUUGACCCGGCCGUUUACGACGCUGGCGUUCCCGUUCUCGGCAUCUGCUACGGUCUCCAGGCGAGUCGAGGCGUCGAGACGGCCAACCACUUUGGCGCUCGCGUCGAGGCGUCCGACCACCGCGAGUACGGCGAGGCCAUCAUCAAGGUCCUCGUCCAGCCUCCCGAGGCGCCUGCCCACCUCAACAAGCUCUUCGAGGGCCUCCCCGCCGAGUCGCCCGUCUGGAUGUCCCACUCGGACCGUCUCCACUCCCUUCCCGAGCACUUUACGACCGUCGCGACGACCGAGUCGGCGCCUUUCGCGGCGAUUGCGCACAACGAGAAGCCCAUCUACGGCAUCCAGUUCCACCCCGAGGUUACCCACUCGCUGCGCGGCAAGGACGUCCUCCGGCGGUUCGUCAUCAACAUCUGCGGUUGCGAGCAAGGGUGGACCAUGGAAUCCUUCAUCGACAAGGAGAUUGAGCGCAUCCGACAGCUCGUCGGACCGAAGGGACAGGUUAUCGGCGCCGUCAGCGGUGGUGUCGACUCGUCCGUCGCGGCCAAGCUCAUGCACGAGGCCAUCGGCGACCGGUUCCACGCCAUCAUGGUCGACAACGGCGUCUUGCGGCUGAACGAGGCGCAGCAGGUCCACAAGAUGCUCUGCGAGGACCUCGGCGUCAACCUCACCGUCGUCGACGCGUCCGACCUCUUCCUCGGCAAGCUCAAGGGCGUCACCGACCCGGAGCAGAAGCGCAAGAUCAUCGGCAACACCUUCAUCGAGGUCUUUGAGGAGAAGGCGGCCGAGAUCGACAAGCAGGUCAAGGAGGCGGGCGGCGACUACGGCGAGAUCGAGUGGCUCCUCCAGGGAACGCUCUACCCGGAUGUCAUCGAGAGCAUCAGCUUCAAGGGACCGAGUGCGACCAUCAAGACGCACCACAACGUCGGCGGUCUCCUCGACGACAUGAAGCUCAAGCUCAUCGAGCCCUUGCGCGAGCUCUUCAAGGACGAGGUUCGCGCGCUCGGUCGUCUCCUCAAGAUCCCCGAACACCUCGUCGGCCGCCACCCCUUCCCCGGUCCCGGCCUCGCCAUCCGCAUCCUCGGCGAAGUCACGCGCGAGCAGGUCCGCAUCGCGCAGCAGGCCGACUACAUCUUCAUCGACGAGAUCCGCAAGGCCGGCCUGUACGACCAGAUCAGCCAGGCCUUCUGCGCGCUCUUGCCUGUCCGCGCCGUCGGCGUCCAGGGCGACCGCCGCACGUACGAGCAGGUCAUCUGCUUGCGCGCCGUCAAGACCGAGGACUUCAUGACGGCCGACUGGUUCGACUUCCCGCCUGCCAUCUUGCGGAAAAUGUCGAACCGCAUCACGAACGAGGUGCAGGGUGUGAACCGGGUGGUCAUGGACAUUACUUCGAAGCCUCCAGGCACUGUUGAGUGGCUUUAG